AUGUCUUCGCUGCUCUCUGCUCCCGACUCGGCCGUCGUGGCGGCCGCGGCGCCCGCCAUUCACGGCGCAGGCCAGGCCGGCAUCAUCUUUGACGCCGUCCCCAUCGAAGACGCCGAGUCGUUCCUGCUGCUCAUUGUCAUCUACUCGAUCUGCCUCGGCAUGGUGGUGCUCGAGUUCUUUUCGCACAUCGGCUUCGACAUCCAGCUGAUCCGCAAGCCCGGCUGGACGGACCCGGCCAAGUUUGUCUCGCGCACCGCCUACCUCCUGGUUCGCACCUGCCCGGCCGCGUUCCUGUCGCUGGUCCUCGUCUACCUCACGACGCAGUUUGACAACUGCUCGAUCGUGCCGCUCACGUUCAACAUCCUCGCCAUGAUCAUCCUCGACUCGGUGCUCCUCAUCUUCCUCCAGCGCACCAUGGCCCUGUACUCGUGGAAGCGCAAGGUGGUCGUGCCCCUCACCGUCAUGUACUGCAUCGUGUUUGCGCUCAGCUGCGUCUCGCUGCCGCAGCUCGGUGUGGGCCGCCGCAUCCCCAACUCGCGCUACUGCGCCUACGACACGCGCCGCGACCUCACCCGCAUCCUCGUCGUCAACAUUGUCUACAAGAGCUCGUCGAUGAUCCUCGACUUUACCCUGCUCAUCAUGACGAUGCACCGCCUCGUCGACGGCGGGCUCAAGUCGCUCUUUACCGGGCGCAAGGGCAUCAACACCAUGUCCCACUCGGACCUCUCGUCGUUCCUGCUGCGCCAGGGCCUCCACUUUUACGGGCUCCAGACGGCCACCGAGAUUGUCUUUAUCUCGAUCUACUUUAGCACCCAGCAGGUGUCGUACCAGGUGCUCGGCUCGGCGCUCCUCCUGUCGAUCCCGCCCAUCACGGCGGGCAACGCGUUCCGCGAGAUGGGCAAGAAGGCCUCGACCGUGACGCAGAAGCGCCACGUCAACGAGAUCAUCAACUCGUCGACCAACAACACGUCGCAGAACGGCGGCACCGGCGGCGGCGGCAUCGGCAUCGGCGGCCAGACCAUGAGCCGCUCGGAGCGCAGGCGCGCCUCGACCAUCCUCGAGGAGGGCGGCGACGGCAUGACGACGAGCAUGCACGGCUCCAACCGCUACUCGAGCGACCUGGCCGACCCGGACGCCAUGGAGAUGCGUAGGCAGCGCAGCAAGGACGGCCGCACCGGCCGAGCGGCGGCCGACACGGCCCUCUCGUCGAAGCAGAGCUCGCCCAGCCUCGAUGGCCGGCUCCCCCCCGUGGCGGCGGCGGCGGCGGCGGCAAGCAGCCCGUGGGUGCCGCAGACGCCCGAAAGCCCGUACCCGACGGCGUGGAACAGCUUUAUGCACGGCGAGACGGCCUUUGAGCCGGUCACGGUGCCGCCGUCGUCGCUCAGCCCGCCCAGCCGGUACCGCAGCCCGGUGCAGGCGGGCCACCAGGACGACGCGCCGUGGCGGGCGCUCUGA